UUGCUUGGCGUAACGUCUUCAAAGAUGAUUUUUGUAAUUAAUUGUCAGUAAAAAUGGGUAUUAUGAGAGAGAAGAAAAGUCCAUCUUCUUCAGCAACUUCCCCUUGUGCCCAUCUCAGGACUGCUUACCACAACUGCUUCAACAGGUGGUAUGCAGAGAAGUUUUUGAAGGGUGAGUGGAACAAACAAGAGUGCGUUUCUGAGUGGGAGAAAUACAGAGAAUGUCUAUCUCAACAUUUGGACGAUAAGCAUCUGAGCCGGUUCUUGGAAGCAGAGGGCAUUAUCGAUUUCACCAAUCAAGCUGAGUAUAAAAACCCCACGGGUGUUUCCAAUUGAUUUUUGCCAAGAUUCUACAAGAACUUGAUUAAUUUGUAUACUACAUUACAUAUGAGAGGAUGCAUAUUUAUAUUUCUACAAGAAAAUUUGUUCUUUACAUGUUUCCAUUAACACUGUGCAUCUAGUGAAUGGCAAGAUGAGAAACCCCGGCCACAGGGGUACUUCUUAUGUAGUUCAAAGUGUUUUUUUGAUAGAUGGCAUUUUAAGGAUAAAUGCUGGGACCUCAACUACCUUUCCUGCUUGAACUCACUGUUAAAUUUAUGACAAAAGUCAUCUAUUAUUUCGUUGA